GUCUCGUCCGAGUCCCACUCUUGCAGUGCCGUAGUUCCUCCCGCGCCCCGCUGGGCCAAGAUGUCGGCCUCCGUAUGCCUGCAGCGUGUGGGGAGGCGGGUGCUGCUCUGGAACUGGGAGCUGCCUUGCAACUGGAGCGCCUUCCACACCUCCGUAGUCUGCGCCAAGAACCGCGCUGCGCGAGUCCGCGUGGGCAAAGGGGACAAGCCGGUGAGCUACGAGGAGGCGCACGCCCCGCACCACAUCGCCCACCGCAAGGGCUGGCUCUCCCUGCACACAGGUAAUCUAGAUGGGGAGGACCACGCUGCAGAGCGAACAGUGGAGGAUGUUUUCCUUCGCAAGUUCAUGCUAGGUACCUUCCCAGGGUGCCUGGCCGACCAGAUAGUCCUGAAGCGCCGUGUCAAUCAAGUGGAGAUCUGUGCUCUGGUCCUCAGGCAGCUGCCAGCACACAAGUUCUACUUCCUCAUAGGCUACAGCGAGACUCUGCUGUCUCACUUUUACAAGUGUCCUGUGCGACUCCACCUCCAAACUGUGCCCUCAAAGGUGGUAUAUAAGUAUAUCUAGAAAGAUGCUCUUUUCUUGCACCAGGCUGUAGCCUACAAAGGCUGUGUGGGAAAGGGGUGAAGUAGAACAGGAGGAAAUACAUGCCCUCAAGAGGGAGCUGCUGUUGAAUAAAGAGUCUCAUGUGUUU